UACAUCAGGCAAUUAGAUUUGGAGAUUCAACAUCUUCCGGAUCCUAAGCUUCAGACUGAUGUCCGAGAUAUGUUUGAUGAGCUGAAACCUCUACUUGUCUCUACACUAAACCUAGAACAUGGAGAGAAAAUUGAUAAACUUAGACGAACCAUUCCUCUCUUCUCAAGGAUUCAAAGUUUGCUUCAGGUUGUGAAUAAUGGAAAAAGUAUGUUCUACAAGUCUAGCAGAAUGGAGGAAGCAAUAGAUAAAAAUACACUUCUCACAAUCUUUAAGGAUUUUGGAGAAGAAGCAUCCUCUGAUCCUCCGCCCUGGGAUCCUAAAUCUGCAGUUGGUAGACCUCCAACUAGACCUCCUUACCAGGUUUCGUUUACACCUUAUACAACUCCAACACCACUACCAAACAGGCCUGAUUGGAAGCCUAAUGAUUGGUUGGAAUACUUUAAAGAAAAUCAUCCUAAUUUUUGGUUUCAGGAUCAACUAAAGAAAAAUAUGACAAGACAGCUUGAAGAGCAAGCAGAAAAGAAAUCCGAAAAUAUUUUGAAUCUUCCAGAGAUGAAAAUUGUGACCAACUUUACAGAGCCUGAUAUCAUGACUCAGCAAGAUGAUAUAAUUGAUAAUGUAAUUUCAAUCCUGGGAUCUGGAUUAGCAGAUGGAAUGCGAGAAAAGGAUAAAGGAAACCCAGAGCAAGAGGUGGAGAAAGAUACCUUUCCUGGAAUUAAAGUGAAUUUGUCAGAUUUUAAUGAAAAUAAAAUUAUCCAAACAGAAAGUCCUUCAAAGUUCUUCAAGGAUCCUUUAAACCCAGAAACUGAGGAAUGGGAGAACUGGAGUCCAACAAAAUGGAUUGAAUGGUCUGAAAGUGAAGAGUAUAAAGAUCUCUAUUUACAUCCUCGAAAUAACUACAGGCCAACUCAAGUAAAGCAAUCAGGAAGAGUUCCAAUAUUAGAUUAUAGAGAAAAACAACCUGUUUUGGUAACCCGAUGGACUACUCCUCCACCCUCUAUUCCUAAAGCAACAGAAAAAUUGUCUUCAGAAACUCCUACUACUACUAAGGGAGUAAAAUCGCCACCUCCAGAGACAAACUUUCCCAAGGCUACUCCUUCUCCAACUCUUAGUCCUAACUACAUCUACAAUAAUGGCUUCAAAGAUACAAACCCUCAUAGACAAGUUGCCACUAAAAAUGCUGUUAAGGACAUCACUCCCCUUCACCUUCGUGAACAAGAAACUAAACCAAGAUUUAAAAAUGGGUAUUUAAUCAAUAAGGAAAAGGAUGAUAGUAGUGAGCUUCCAAGUUCCUCUAGAAGUCAACUUUCAGCUGUUUUUUAUGAAAGAUACAAGAACCGAGAUUCUGGUGCAGUAGACCCAGCAAUGCUUCUUCUUACUGAAAGACCUUUCUCAUAUAGCAAGGAAGACCUUCCUUCCUAUGAAGACAGUAAAAAUCCUCUCAACCAGUAUGCUGGUCAAAACAGACCUGCCUUACCCAACCAAUUAUCUUUCCAGGAAGGAUACUCACCAUCAGGUGCACCUGUAGGAGGCCAACAGGGAGCAUUGCCCUCACAGGGAUCAAUAGCCUCUCCAGUAGCAAGGCCAGCAAGGCCUGAAAGAGUUCCAGGGGUGAACCAGUUCAAGGCACCAAAUUUCAGACCUGAAAGACCAGAAGGGAACUUUUCACAAUAUCAAACUGAUUUCCAAGUUCAGAGACAGCAAUCAAAUAUAGACUCUACUUCCCCUUUAAGUAUUGAAGUUGUUCUUCCACCAAUAAACCCAAAUAAUCCAAAUUUCCAGACUUCAUUACCAGAUCCUAAUGGUUUUGCUUUACCAGGGGGUACAUACAAUUACAACCCAUAUUUUCCACCAAAAUAUUCAGGAUCUUUUCCAAAUCAAUAUCCAUACCCUCCUCCACAGCCUGCAUCAAGUUCCAGCUCAACAUCAACAUCAACAUCUACAGGGGGAGGAAAUGGAGGAUCAGCUGCAGCAGCAUCAGCAGCAGGAGGAGGAUCUUCAUCCACUUCAACAUCUACUUCAUCAGGGUCAAACAAUGGAAGCUCAAAAAGUGAUUGUUCAGGUGAAACCUGUCAAAAAUCAUCAACAGAUGAAAGAGAUGAUGCAAUUAGAAACCAACUUGUAACACAAGCUACAACAACACUGCCUUCAAACCAGAAUACCAUAAUUUCUGUGGAAAAUGGGAUUGCCAAUACUUCUGGGGAAGCCCUGGGGGGUGAUGGAAAUACAAAUAACAACUGUACACAACCAGAUGGUUGUCAACUGCAAUCCCUAUCUACAACAACAACUACUACUACUCGGCCAUUCUCAAUUAGUUUUUCAAUAUCUCCACUUUUUGGAAAUUUCCAUCGACCUACUCAGACAGAAGCAACACUUGGCACAGAAAGGGUGUCUGAUGACUUUGAAAGUUUAGAUGAAACUGAAGAGUUGCCUUCUCCUGGUCUUGGAGAAAACUUUAUAAAUGAAGUUUAUAGACUAGAUAAUAAUGAAACUUCUUUAAAACCUGGUAAAAUUCAAAGCAAUAAAGAAGCAAGUCCAGAUGCAGUGAUAACAGAACAAACAAAUGGCAAAGAAGAUUCCAAGGAAGAUAUUAAAGAUGUAGUAAAUGCACUGAGAGGGUUGAUACAGCUUCUUAACUCUACAGAUAAAGGUAGGAAAAAAUUACAGAGCCUCAAAAGUAAGUUGUACUUAAAAUCUAAACCAUCAAGUCCUAAGAAUCCUAUUGAAGUGAAAAAUAUUGUUAUCGGUGAUCAAACACCAAAUAUUCAGUCAUUUUUAAACCAACCCUAUACAAAUUUGUUGAUCAACAAAGCCCAUGUUGGACAGUACUCCUAUUCUACUAAUCAAGAAGCAAAAGAACCUAUUGUCAACAAAUUAGAAUUAAAAGUGAAGCAACACAUCCCGCCACAUUUGAUUCCACUUGGACCCGAUGGAAAUCCUCUAAUAAACCCUGAUGGUUCUCUGUAUGAUCUACCUAACUUUAGUGUGGGUCAGAACACCCAGAUGUUUUCAUAUCUUAAUGAUAUUGAGAAGACCACCAUUUCCCCAGAAUUUACAUCCAAAUCCCUCAUUGUAACUGAUGUUGCAUCUCUAGAACACCCAGACUCUGAAGACAAAGAUAUGAUUACAACAAUGAUUGACUCUGUUCGAGACUUGCCAAUGGAUACAAAAAGACACAUGCUAGCAAACAUGAUGUUCAUGGUUCCGAUGGCUGCCCUUACUAUGGCAGCAGCUGGAGUCCCCCACCUUGCAAUUGCCCCCCUGGCAACCCUUAUCCCAGGCUUUCUAUUUGCUGCAUUUACUGAAACCAAUCCAGCUCCUAGGACUGAAGAUCAACAAGUUGCUACUCAUGGCCAUGGCCAUGGAUCCAUGGCUGGCUCUCCCCAAGGUGGCCAUCCCACAAGGACAGGAAUUUCAGGACUAAUAAGUGGUCUCAGAGAGUUUUACUCUCACAGAAGAGAAAAUCAGACUCUUCAGAUAACAACUGGAAAUCUUUUUCAUCAUGGUUAAAAGUGAUUUUGGGGUGAAGUUGAUGAAAUUGAAAAGUUCUAGAUAGUGUUUUUUUUUGGCCCCAUACAUAAUUUUUUUUAAUAACAUGUGGCUUGUAAAUAUACUACAGCAUUUUUCAAUGAAACUUAAACUUUUACUAUAACAGAUUUGUUAAAAAUUAGCAGAUAUCCAAUUCUGCAAUUGUUGAAGCAAGUAAUCCGCAAAAUGCUAAAACUGAGUAGUAAUUCACCAACUAAAUAAAAAUGUUAUUCUUAUUCUAUAUUAG